CCAACGGGGAGAAGGGUAUUAUGGUAAAGGUGGUGUAAUUGAGGGUUUUAUAAAUCGCGUGGCCUCUAAGCACGCGGUGCAGAAAUUCGAUCGAGGUACCCUCAAACCAAAUAUCAUGACUGUCUCCGACAAGGAUCCCCGAGAGGAAGUCCUUCAAGCAUGGUACAUGGAUGAUAGUGAUGAAGAUCAAAGACUUCCCCAUCACAAAGAACCCAAGGAGUUUGUCUCAUUGGACCAACUUGCUGAACUUGGAGUCCUUAGCUGGAGAUUAGACGCUGAUAAUCAUGAAACAGAUCCGGAGCUGAAAAAGAUUCGUGAAGAACGUGGUUACAGCUACAUGGAUGUUUGUGAGGUCUGCCCAGAAAAGUUGCCAAAUUAUGAAGAGAAGAUCAAAAACUUCUUUGAAGAGCAUCUUCACACUGAUGAGGAGAUCCGCUAUUGUGUUGCUGGAAGUGGCUAUUUUGAUGUCAGGGAUCACAAUGAUGCUUGGAUUCGUGUAUGGGUGAAGAAAGGAGGAAUGAUCAUCUUACCAGCUGGAAUUUAUCAUCGCUUUACACUAGAUGAGAGCAACUACAUUAAGGCUCUACGACUUUUUGUUGGUGAACCAGUUUGGACUCCAUACAAUCGCCCACAUGAUCAUCUCCCUGCAAGAGAACAAUAUAUCAAGGCUUUUGUGGAAAAGGAUGUAGCCAGCCAUACUGUUGAUGCUUCUGCCUGAUCAUAGUAUAGGGAUGAAAAGGACUAAGGCUUUGCCGCUAAAAGUAAGGUUUGAACAAAAUAAUGGUCUCUCUAAUUAAAGAGGCCCCAUCUUUGUAUGUUAUGGUUUGAGUAGCCUUGAUGUUGUACACACACCAAUUGUCUUUGUUGGGCCCGGUCGCUGUAUAAAGACUGCAUUUACAAAUAUUAUGACCAGAACUUGUGAAA